GACCCUUUGUUGUUCGGUGGUGAGGGGCGGAGAGUCAUAUCCAUCGAGGUUGAACCUCAGCCGUUGAGCUGAAGCGUGAGAAUAUUGCGUUGCAUUCAUCGCCGAAAUUUUCAAUUCAAUCUGCUUGUCCCGACUUGUGGCCCCGUUCGCAGGCUAGAGCUAGUGCUGUUGGUGAAUAACAGCGUUAAGGUACUAGCGUUAUGAGCACGAGCGCGCAUCAAGUUCCCCUUAAGACAUCUACGUUCCCUACCCUCCCCAAAGCUACCAAAUCAUCGUCUUCAUCUAAGCGCCAAAAGCGCAGCACAGGCCAAAGCGAGGACGUGGUCGGUGGGAAUGGGGAUGGAAGCAGGAGCGGAAGCGGUCGCCAGCCGUCUCCCUUUAUGCUCGCCGAUGGGUGUGAAAACCCAAGGGAAGUUGCCAGUCCUGCCGCUACCGGGCCUUCCAAUGGCAACCUUGCGGUUGGUUGCGGGAGUCCCGGACUACUUUCUAAUGAUUAUCUUCAAAAACUCGCAGCUAUGGGGGAUAUAUAUUAUAAACCCCGACCAGGAACCAAGGAUUCUGCCCUGUCUUUACUGCUCAAAGACCACACCAGUGCAGUUACCUCGGACGCUACUGCUCCUACUGGGUCUGAUACUACUUCAUCUACUGGGCCUACAUUUACAGUUGUAGCCGGUUCUUAUGAAAAGCUUCUUUACGGCCUCAAAGGAACGUUCGCAUCUGCAUCGUCAUCCAAACAAAAGCAUGGAAAUUCCCCUUCAUCCUCAAUAUUGUCCCAAUUUGGCGAAGUGUCAUUUGAGCCAUUGUUCAUCUUCCCUGCACAUAUUGGAUGCGUUAAGGCCGUAGCUGUAAGCCCUGAACAUUGGAGGUGGCUGGUAACUGGAAGUAUGGACGAGACGAUUAAAGUCUGGGACCUGAAACGAAAGAAGGAGGUAGGAGGCCUCAUGCAACAUACGGGUUCAAUCACACAACUCGCGUUUCCUACCCGGUCACACGUCAUGUCGUCCUCGGAAGACGGGACUAUCGUUCUUUUCCGUACACGCGAAUGGUCCGUCCUACGGGUUUUCAAGGGUCACACAGGCCGCGUGAAUUCUUUCGCCGUUCAUCCUUCUGGUAAAGUUGCGCUGAGUGUAGGAAAAGAUAAGAUGUUGCGAAUGUGGGAUAUGAUGAGGGGCAAGGGAAAGGGGGCAACGAAGCUUAGUAAAGAAGCAGAAUGUGUGAGGUGGGAUACGAAUGGAACAAACUUUGCAAUCGCUGCUGGCAAUGGUGUCGAUAUUUACACUACGGCGAUGACUGUGGUGACGACGAUCAACCACCCAUCACGAAUCCACGAGAUCCGAUUUAUCAAGCAUCCUUCACAUUCAUCCACAAGGGAUCUUAUCUUCAUCGCGGCCGAGGACAAAAAAAUUUCUGUUUACGAACCACAAGAACACCCUGCCACCGAAGAGGGGAUCAGCGAGGCUGGGUUUCGAUCAACUUGGAAUUACGUCCUCAAAGCCGAGCUCAUUGGUCACAACAACAGAGUAAAGGCAUUUGAUACAUUAGUCGUAUCGAUGCCUUCCACGGAUUCGAAGGAUGACACCCCAUCCUCAACGAGAAUAUUGGCAUCGUGCUCGUCUGAUGGAAAUAUUCAUAUUUAUGAUCUCGCUCUUCUCCCUGCCCCAUGUUUCUCCCCAUCCAACCUCUCCACUCCUGGGACCAAUAUAAAAGAACCCAACUCCAGCAAUAGCCCAAUAUUGAAAUUGAGGCCGAUCGGAGUUUAUGACACAAAGGGGACACGGUUAACAUGUUUGACACUUGCGGAGGGGGAAGCAAAGGAAGUUGCUGAGUUGCCGAUUUCGGUUGGUAAGAAGAGGGGAAAGAAGAGGAAGUUAAGAGAAAUCGAGGAUGAGGAUGAGGAUGAGGAUGAGAGUGGAGAUGAGGGUGAAAGGGAGGGCGGGAGCGAAGAGAGUGAGGGCAAGAGUGAAGAGGUGCAAGGUGGGCUUGAUGGCGACGAUGAGGAGGACGAUGACGAUGACGCGCAAAGAGAAAAUGAAGGACAGUGGCAACAGCAGCUAGACAACGUCCCAAAGAAAUUUGACAAGGUGAAGACUAGACUCAAAGCGAAGGCGAGAGUUAACGCGAAGGCGGGUUUGAAGGAGAAGGCGAGAGUAACGGCGAAACGCAUUGAAAAGAAAUGAGGGAUUGGCAGGAUUGAGGGACCGAGAUGAAUGGAGGUUGCGCGGGUGCCUCGAGGGAAGGGGUGGAUGGAACAAGUAGUUGUCAAAAUGGUCCCGUUCUCAGAUCAUCGAAUUCGUUUUAUUCUCCGUGAUUGGAUGGAAUCCGUCUUCUUUCUUACCAUUUGUCUGGGACUAUAUCAAUUGCAUCUAACACAGCAGUUUGGGGCCAAUACCCGUAAACCAAUGUGGUUGGGAGCCAAAAGAAUUUGAUUGGAUUAUAC